UUGAUCGCCGUGUGAUUGUCCGCAGUCUGUUUCGUGUGGUCUAGUAUCUUUGGCUACAGACUGUUCCUCUUUAGGAUUAAUAAAAUGGCCCCACCGGGUGCUUCACAAACAUUUUUUAAAGCUGAGGGUGGAAGAGGACAAACUAGUCCGAAAGAGCUGCAAGAAAUGGUCUCUAAAGCGAAUCAAUCUAACAAGAAAGGAGUAAAUGGGAUUUUACUUGGUCCUCCUGGAGCUGGUAAAGGAACUCAGGCACCUAAACUAGCUGAGAAAUAUUGUGUUUGCCACUUAGCAACAGGGGAUAUGUUAAGAGCUGUUGUGGCAUCUGGUUCCACUUUGGGCAAAAAGGUCAAACAGGUCAUGGACUCUGGACAACUUGUUAGCGAUGCUCUUGUUGUUGAACUGAUUGAUGACAACCUUGGUAAACCUGCAUGUGCAAAUGGGUUUCUUCUGGAUGGAUUUCCAAGAACCGUGGUUCAAGCUGAAAAGCUGGAUGAACUACUUGAGAAGAGGAAGACAGCACUGGAUGCAGUGGUAGAAUUUGGAAUUGAUGAUUCUUUGUUGGUGCGGCGUAUAACUGGAAGGUUACUUCAUAAGCCCAGUGGCAGAACUUACCACAAUGAAUUUAACCCACCCAAGAAGCCAAUGACUGAUGAUAUCACUGGUGAACCUCUGGUUCGUCGGUCAGAUGAUAACGAGGCCACUCUGACGAAGCGUUUGGAAGCUUAUCACAAGCAGACAUCACCUUUGGUCGAUUACUACAAGAAGCGCGGACUCCAUUCCAGAAUCGAUGCUGCUGAAACCCCGGAUGUUGUUUUCAAUAGUGUUCUGAAUGAAUUCGAAAAAGCGAGAGCUCGGGCAAAGAAAUUUUUUUAAUGGCUGAUUUUCUUUCGGGUUUCAGAAUGAAUUGGGCGGUAAUUUUCAUAGGAAAAUCAUGCAAUGUCUUUUUGUGGCUUACGUAAUGUGUGAAGUAAUAAAUUUCCGUAGAUGUGUA